ACAGCCCCGCCUACUCUAUCUACGAAUGCCACACAUCGACAGUCGGAAAACUCCCUAAAACGAAACAGUCAACACUUGGCUGCUUCUUGUCAAAAUCUAACCACGGGAAACGUAGCUAGCGAGGAAAAUAUUAAUUUGUUUACCAUUCCUCUGUAUGGAUAAGUAAUUUGCCAGCUUUUUGAGCACAAAGUGUAAUCUACAACUAAACAUGGAUUUCAACGUCAAAAGGUUAGCAGCAGACGCCGGUACUUUAUUCAGUCGUGCGGUUCAAUUUACAGAGGAAAAACUUGGGCAAGCUGAGAAGACUGAGUUGGAUGCUCACCUGGAGAACCUUCUGUGCAGAGCAGAAUGUACCAAGCAAAACACGGAGAGAAUCAUGAAGCAGACAGAGGUUCUACUACAACCAAACCCAAAUGUCAGAAUAGAGGAAUUUCUGUACGAGAAACUGGAGAAGAAAGUCCCCACGCGGAUGAACAACCACGAGGUGCUUGGCCAGUCCAUGAUCGAGUCGGGGAGUGAGUUUGGCCCUGGAACGGCCUAUGGAAACGCACUUAUUAAAUGUGGCGAGACGGAGAAGCAGAUUGGAGGAGCGGAGAGAGAGUUCAUCCAGAGCUCAGCAAUCAACUUCCUCACGCCGUUCAGGAACUUUCUAGAAGGAGACUUCAAAACCAUCCUGAAAGAACGGAAGCUUUUGCAGGUGAAGCGUUUGGAUCUGGACGCAGCAAAAACCAGGCUAAAGAAGGCCAGAGUUCCUGACGCUCGAGCAGUGGCGGAGCAGGACCUAAGGAUGACCCAGAGUGAGUUUGAUAGACAGGCUGAGAUCACCAGGCUGCUCCUGGAGGUCAGCAGCACCCAUGCACACCACCUCCGCUGUCUGACUGACUUUGUGGAGGCCCAGACUACAUACUAUGCCCAGUCUUACCAGUACAUGGUUGACCUCCAGAAGCAACUGGGGAGCUUCCCGUCUACGUUCUCCUCCAACAACAACCAGUCGUCUAGUAGUUCCGGUGGGGCCAGUAUCUCAGUACCAACCAUCCCCUUGUCUGCCUCCAUGCUCAGCCCCUCUCCCGGCCUGGGCUUGUCAGGCUUCAGUGAGCUCCGGAUCUCCAGCGGCAGCCGUAAAGCCCGCGUUCUCUAUGACUACGAUGCUGCUGGCAGCAGUGAACUCUCCCUGCUCGCUGAUGAGGUCAUCAUGGUGAGCAGUGUCCCAGGCAUGGACUCUGAUUGGCUGAUGGGCGAGCGGGGUACCCAGAAGGGUAAAGUGCCCAUCACCUAUCUGGAGCUGUUGAACUGAUCAGAGCGGAGUGAUGCCUGUAUGUGGGAGAGACUCAAGAGAGUCCAGACUGCGGGGCCCGUAUUCAUAAUGCAUCUCAGAGUAGGUCCUAGGAUCAGUUUUACAGUUUAGAUUAUAACUAUAUGAACAGGCGGGAUCUGAUUACCUGAUCCUAGUUCAGCAGUCAUACUCUGAGACGCUUUGUUAAUACAGGCACCAGGAUCCAGAGGAAAGCAACACGCAAGCCCAGUGUAGUAGAGCAAGGUUUCCCUAUUUAUACUGUCUACCACGGGAUAUGGUCUGCUCCAUGCUAAUUCUGUCAAUUCAUCAGGAGAAUUGUAAGUCAAUGGAAAACAGUGACAAUGACAUUGUGAAUUGAAAUUCGUCAAAGGAAUUGGACGGAUUGAAUUGGAACUGACCCUAUCCCUGCCGUGCCAUGUAUGCAACUGUUUAUACAAGCCGCUUCCAUGUUUUUCGCUCAAUGCAAUCUUAAUUCAAUAUGUGCCAGACUUUCUCCACAACCUUCCAUUUGUACAACCGAACCUUUUGUUUAAAAUACAAUUCAGAUGUUGAUCUUAAA